AUGUCUUUUAGCUUUGGAAAUAUUGGCGGUGGAGAAAAGAAGACGGGCACAUUGUUUGGAAGCACUACAGCACCAGCUGGUGGUCUCUUUGGCCAAUCGCAGCAACAGCAACAGCAACCUCAGCAGUCGAGCAACACGGGCGGUGGUCUUUUUGGUUCUGCGGCACCGGCCCAGAACAACACCACGAGCUUGUUUGGCUCGACACAACCACAGCAACAGCAGACCACGGGCUCUAGUCUGUUUGGCCAACCACAGCAACAACAAAAUGCCAGUGCGAGCUUGUUCAGUCAGCCCCAGCAGCAGGCGCAACAACAGCAGCCCAACAUGAGCAACAGUCUAUUUGGCGCCUCGCUCCAGCCUGCCCCUAUCCUAACCAGCGUGCAGGCGCAAAGCAUCCAGCAGCAGCGCGAAGGGCUUCCCCAGCUGCGCCAGUCUUCAGCACAGCCUUUCGCCGGCUCUACCAUGAGCGGUCACAGAGAAAAGUCGGUCGUCGAGCAGAUACGAAUCCUCAACAACAAGUGGGAUCCAGAGAACCCGGAAUGCGUAUUCCAGUUUUACUUCUACAACUCUGUCAAGCCAGAAGAAGCGCCUUUCUACGGGCCCUCGCAAGGCGAAGAUGAGCGAAAAUGGGAGGAAGCCCUCUCAAAGAAGCCGAGCCCAGGCGCCAUCCCCGUACUGGCGCGUGGUUUCGAGCAAGUUGGAGAGCGCAUACGGCAGCAAGCUGCGGCCGUCACCGCGCUGCGCACACGUCUUCACGAGAUCAACAACAGUCUCUCGUUACUCAAGGAUGCACAUGAGCUGACGGUAGCGUCGCGCAUCACCGAAGCCAAGCGGAAGCACAUUGUUUUUACCCAGCGAACACUUGCCCUCGCGACCAAAGUACAAAUCUUGCGAAACCGAGGAUACGUCAUGGACCCACAGGAAGAGGACUUGAAGAAGAAGUUGAUUGAGCUGGAGAAACAGACUUUUGACCCCGUACUCGGAGGUCGGCAAGAGGAGAUUUGGGCGCGCAUGUCCAGCGUGCGCGAGCGUGCGCGGAUACUACAAGAGGAAACAGAGAAGCUGGGCAGGACCAUGGACAAGCAACAGAACGGCGAGCUUCUUUCAGAAGAAGAUCAGAAGGCACUGGAGAAGCUGCUGAAAGAUUACGACCGUCAACUCGAGCACCUUAAAAAAUGGGUUGAUGAUACUAAGGAAGAGUAUGACGAGUGGGAAGCAGCAAAGCAAGCAAGGCCAGCGAAGCGAUAA